AUGACGAAACAAGUUAGAAAUUUCAGGACAAUGAGUAGGAGGAUUCUCAGGAGUUUUUACAUAUUCAUCCAACUCUGUUGUCUUCUUAUCUGUUCAGGUUCAAAUGCUACACACAACCCCAAGUCCAUUUCCAGUAGCCAAAAGGACAUAACAACUCCAAUAACAACAGUUCCAACUGGAACUCCUCUCACCAUUACUCCCACUUCAACUACUCCAGUACUGAAUCCAACAAUCUCGGAUCCCGAUUCGACCUCUAACGGUCCUUCCAAUCCGGUACUGACACCAUCUGUAACCAAUUCCCCAACAUAUUCAUCAGGCUCAAGCAGCUGGUGCGUCGCUAGUCAAGCUGCCUCACUAACAACCCUGCAGGUCGCUCUGGACUAUGCUUGUGGGUACGGUGGUGCUGAUUGCUCUGCCAUUCAGACUGGUGGCACCUGCUACAAUCCCAAUACGCUCCGCGCUCACACGUCCUUUGCAUUCAAUAGUUACUAUCAGAAAAAUCCAAUUCCUAAUAGCUGCAAUUUUGCUGGUGCUGCUGUUACUACAAACACUGAUCCUAGUAGUGGCUCAUGUCAAUAUCCAUCAACAAGCACAAGUGCAUCCAUUUUGAAUACGACGAAUUCAAGUGGUUCAACAGUAUUUGGCGCUGGGCCAAUCACGCCUACUACUUCAGCAGCUGUAUCUCCAACUAUCUUCCUGAAUUAUCACCACCACAUUUUAAUUUGUCUCGCGAUACUGCUAGCAGACUAUCAUAACAUCCUCUGAAGCCGAAUUUUUACAUGGCGAUUGUGGAGUACAACAUACUGCUGCUCGAUAUACGACAUUGAGUUAACAGAAAUGAUGUGAUCAGUGAUGUCAAAUUGGUAACAAGUUGUUUUUUUUUUCAAAUCAAUUUGCUGAAAUGACAUCUUGAUGUUGCUGGAUUUGUAGUGCAGCUACUUUGUUAGCUAGAAACUAAGGUUUCUUAUAAGUUUGUAAAAGCAUAUAGAACUGAUAAAUAGUUAUGUGGAUAAAAGAAUAUGAUACACAUUGCUUUUGUUUU